UGGAAACAUCAUACGUCGAUAGCAUGCAGUUACCUGUGGCGUGUGAAGGAUUGUGAGACGACAGCACAAUCACCUCUUGGUUUCUAAUCUUUCGUAAAAUAAUAUGUCUUACUGAGGAAACGACCUAUGAAUGGCAAGGAUGCCAGACGUCUUUAAAACAGUGAAAGUCAUUAUACUACGCCCUGUACCAAUAAAACGACUUGAGUAAUGCUCUAACAGAGACAAUAAUGGCGACAUAAACAUUUGUGGAACCUGUUCGUCUACUCGUGGAAGUAGGCGUUGAGAGGACAGGAGGCAGCAAUUUCAGGUAUACUAUGAACCUUUCCAACCUCACAUCUGCUUCAGAAGUAGCCAGGUAUAAUCUGACUGAGUAUAACAUCCUUAACGACAUUAUCCAGAACCAGGUAGUGCAAGCCCUCUUCUGCAUGGUAUACACCUGUAUUUUUGUGCUCGGCGUGUUCGGAAACGUGCUCGUGUGCUAUGUAGUGGGCCGGAACCGUGCCAUGCAGACGGUGACGAACCUGUUCAUCAGCAACCUGGCCCUGUCGGACAUCCUGCUAUGCAUCCUCUGCGUGCCCUUCACCCCUCUCUACACCUUCCUGGGCUCUUGGAUAUUCGGCAGUACUCUGUGCCACGUGGUGGCCUUCGCGCAAGGCACCAGCGUGUACAUAUCGACGCUGACUCUCACGUCAAUAGCGGUGGACCGUUUCUUCGUCAUCGUCUAUCCGUUCAAGCCGCGCAUGAAGCUGGCGACGUGCGCCAUCAUCAUAUCCUGCAUAUGGCUGUUCUCCGUGAUGGUCACUCUCCCGUACGGCAUAUACACCGUGCUGCGCGCUGACAGGAGGGCGUUCUACUGCGAGGAGCACUGGCCGUCCGAGAGGGUGCGGCAGGUGUACGGCGGCCUCACGGCGACGCUGCAGUUCGUCCUGCCCUUCUUCAUCGUCACCUUCUGCUACGUGAACGUCUCGCUGAAGCUGAACGAUCGCGCCAGGGCCAAACCGGGCAGCAAGAACUCGAGGCGGGAGGAGGCGGAUAGGGACCGCAAGAGGCGCACCAACCGCAUGCUCAUCGCCAUGGUGACCAUCUUCGGCGUCUCCUGGAUGCCGCUCACCAUCGUCAACCUGACCAACGACCUGUACAUGUCGACGGGCCGCUGGGAGUACUUCAACCUGAGCUUCUUCGUGGUGCACGCGCUCGCCAUGAGCUCCACCUGCUACAACCCGUUCCUGUACGCCUGGCUCAACGAGAACUUCCGCAAGGAGUUCAAGCUGGUGCUGCCGUGCUUCGACCGGGCGGCGUUGCUGGCGGGAGGCCAGCGCGGGGGCAGCAACAGGGCCGGCGGGGGCGGCGGCGGCGCCACCACGGCCGGGGGCGGCGCGUCGGGCCGCUCCUACGGCGGCGGCGGCGGCGGCGGGGGCUGGAAGUCCGAGCGCACCACCUGCAACGGCAACGAGACGCUCGACUCGGUGCUGCUGACGUCGGCGGUGCACUGCCGCAGCACCUCGGUGCGCCGCCCCACCGCCAGCUCCAUCCCCGAGGAGUUCGAGCCGCCACCGGCCGGCGACGCCGAGGGCGGAGCCGCCGCUUCCUACUCUGCCAUGGCGGACGAGGUCCACCUGCACCUGGGACCUGGUCUCCAUAAGCCCGACGUCCCACCAGGCGUCCUCCUGGAGUCCCUCUAGGAAUCGGAAGGGCUCACGACGGUGCUGUUGAAAGAAAAAUGCCUGUUUGCUGCUUCUAUACUGGUUGUUUCACAAAACAAUUUACUCUUGCGAGAUGGAGUUCGUGACGACAAAGAUGCUACUGGAUCAAACUGGAUCACCUGGAACUAAUGGUAUUGUGGCUACCUGAGUGUUGAGAUGAACAAUUUACCUGACACUACGGAAAUGAUCAGUUCAUUUUGACAGAAGACAUUUUUGAAACAAGGGAUAAUAAGACUGUUUUGUUAGUGAUGUUUAAUUUCUGUAACACUGUGUUUCAAGCUCAGAUCAGAUCUGCUACCUCUCGAAAACGGUAGUACAUAUCUACACUGUCUAGCAUUCAUCUGAUCGUAGCAGUCUCUUAAAAAGCUUGAAGACUCGUCAAGUUUAACGCUGAUCCUGAAAUUUCGCUAGCUGCUCUAGCAAAAAAUGUAAUUCAGUAACUGCUAGUAUAAUAGAAUGACGAAUUUUAGUCCUCGCCUGAAUGAAAAUGUUUGGUGACAUGUUUCACACUCGUGCAGUUACAUACACCUUUGAAGGAAGUUAAGGAUGUUUAUUACCUUAUUUAAGUCACACUCAAUAUCACAAUACCGAACUGACGAAAGAGUUACGUGAAGUAUACAAAAAAUGCUGAGGCCUAUUUUUUAAAGGAAGUGAAGCGUAGAGAUUUAUUCUUAAGAUUUUCAUGUACAUCGGACUAUAUCAACACGAAAAAGAACAAAACGUCCUCACCUAAAUAUUACUGUUGGAAUGAUGUGUAUCGACAGAACAGACGUGAACGUAGCCGACGAUCAGUGAACGUCAGUGACAUUUCGUUCACGUAACUCCUCAGCUGUCUUACAGAGGCUCAGUGCGUUUUCCCUCUAGUUACCCGACCUUGAAAACAAACACUUGGCGUGGAUCUGCCUCCUCUUCCCAACACUAAAUGACGCUACGAAGAACACAUAUGUCGUAGCAAAGGCCCAAUCGCCAUUUUACUGAACGUACACUUAACGUGCCGCCAAGUGCUUGCACCUUAGAGCCUAAAUUAUCUGAGCGAAUCUGCAAACGCACACUUCAAUACAUGCACACAUCUGUGUGUACGUGACAGAUGACUACAAAUUAUGUACUCGUAUUCAUUUCUUAGAUGGCAGAGUCUAUUUCGAGAACACAGUGCUCCCAGCUUCCUGUAACAACUGUUCCCGCAAGAAGCAUUUACAGUAGCUCAGAGUAAACUUUUGACUCUCUGACGAAAAGACUGAUACUACGUAGCUUCGCCCUACAGCCUAUGAAGAGAGUCACUAUGGAAGUCUUUAAGCCGGAAAAAAUGUAACGGCUUGUAGAUGAAAGCGAUUACCGCAGACUUUUAUCACUGUUUGAUGUACAUAAUAGUUUAUCGGAGCGUAAUUCGAGUUAUGUGUAUAGCCCGCACACAAAUAACAGUAGUAACUACAACGAGUAGUAUUUAUCAUAACCAAAAAUAAAGCUUCAAGUAAAACUGGUAAUCACUGUGCCUAGUAAUCUACGUGUGUUCACCGACUGUUACGUUGUUUUGGCUGUGUACAUGGUAUGCAAGGAUAAAAAAUAUAAAUUAGGGUGUGAACAAGAUUUCAUAAACGGCGUAGACAGGUGGAACUGAGCCCCCACAUAUAUGCCGUAGUCGCCCAAGAGAAUCGUGGAGUGAUAUGACUUUAGUCCUCCUUUUGUAAUGCUUACUCGAGAGGUGGAGAAGCAUGUUAAAUGUAUAUUGCAAAGUACAUCGUGCGCCUACACUUUGAAAUUUGGUGUGCUUCGUUGUAUGACACGCAAUCGCAGUGCUACCUACUCCUUAUUUCUGCCUUACGAAAGCGCCUGACUGCAUGUGUUGUUAGAAUGGACUCGACUAUUAAUAUUUAAUGUUGGAAACGACAUUGAGAGUGUUCUGCAAGGAGAAUCUGCUGU